ACCAGGCCUCGGCUGGGCUGAGCAGACGCGCUCAAGGACUCCAAAGCACGACUUAGCUGUUCUCUGCACGCAGAACAAACGAGACCCCAGGACAGCAUCCCCCUGCAGAACUCGGAGCCCGCGAUGGCCAAACCCCAGGUGGUCGUCGCCCCGGUGCUGAUGUCCAAGCUGUCUGCGAACGCCCCUGAGUUCUACCCCUUGGGUUAUUCCAACUACACGGAAUCCUAUGAGGAUGGCUGUGAGGAUUAUCCCACUCUAUCUGAAUAUGUUCAGGAUUUCUUGAAUCAUCUUACAGAGCAGCCUGGCAGUUUUGAAACUGAAAUUGACCAGUUUGCAGAGACCCUGAAUGGCUGGGUUACAACAGACGAUGCUUUGCAAGAACUUGUGGAACUCGUCUAUCAACAGGCCACGUCCAUUCCAAAUUUCUCCUACAUGGGAGCUCGCCUGUGUAAUUACCUGUCCCAUCACCUGACAAUUAGCUCACAGAGUGGCAACUUCCGCCAAUUGCUACUUCAAAGAUGUCAGACUGAAUAUGAACUUAGAGAUCAAGCUGCAAAGGGGGAUGAAGCAACUCGGAAACGAUUCCAUGCCUUCGUGCUCUUUCUGGGAGAACUUUAUCUUAAGCUGGAGAUCAAAGGAACAAAUGGGCAGGUUACAAGAGCAGAUAUUCUUCAGGCUGGUCUUCGGGAGUUGCUGAAUGCCCUCUUUUCUAACCCUGUGGAUGAUAACCUAAUUUGCGCAGUAAAAUUACUAAAGGUAGGUUUUACUUAUUUUCUUUCCUUAAAGUGUAACAGCCUGACAACACACAGGGUGGAUACUCACUCAUCCUUUUCCACUUCUGUCUGCAGAGACGUGAAGCAGAUGCUCUUGAAGCUUGUAGAGCUCCGGUCAAGUAACUGGGGUAGAGUCCAUGUAACCUCAACAUACAGAGAAGCAACACCUGAAAAUGACCCCAACUAUUUUAUGAAUGAACCAACAUUUUAUACAUCUGAUGGUGUUCCUUUCACUGCAGCUGAUCCAGAUUACCAAGAGAAAUAUCAAGAGUUACUUGAAAGAGAAGACUUUUUUCCAGAUUAUGAAGAAAAUGGAACAGAUUUAUCAGGCGCUGGUGAUCCAUACUUGGAUGAUAUUGAUGAUGAAAUGGACCCAGAGAUAGAAGAAGCUUAUGAAAAGUUUUGUUUGGAAUCAGAGCGUAAGCAAAAACAGUAAAGUCAAAUUUCAACGUAUCAGUUUUAUAAAGCAGUUUAGGUUAUGGUGACUUAGCAGAACACAGGAAAGCAGGAAAAUGUGUCACACUUAUACCAAAUUAAGGAUGUUGAGUUAUGUUACUAAUGUAUGCAACUUUAAUUUUGUUUAACACUCUGCCAAAAUAAACUUUAUCCCCUAUAACUUAAAAUGUGUAUAUAUAUAAGAUAGUUUAUUAUGUACAGUUAAUUCCACUGUUUUGGCUGCAAUAAAAUCGAUUUUGAAAUAAAUGAAAUGUUGAAAGUAAGUUUUGCUAGCUGAUUAGAAGCUUAUCCUUUAAAUUCAGCUUUUCUCGAAGGAAAAUGUCUUAGUGUGGAAAUACAUAUUACUGCAAAAAUGUAGCAUCCUUUUUUAAGAGAUGAGUAUAUAGCUUUCAUUUAGUUUUACAUUGAGUGUCUCAAUGAAUUGGGUUUCAAGUAUGAAUCACAAUCAUAAAAAUCUCUGGCACUAAAGUCUUAGAAUAUAUAAUUAAUUUAUUUACAUAUCCAGAUGUUAUUUGAUACCAAGGGCUUUUAAAAUAGAGUUAGAACUUCCAACUAAACAACCAAGAGUCUUCACUGAGGAUAACAUUGCAAUUCUAAAUUAUUCAAAUUUUUCAUCUGAUUUCAUUACCCCACAGCCCAGGACAUUAUUCUACUUUCUUUAUAUGGCUUUCUCAUUUUUAUUUGGUAGCAUGCGUUGCAUUGACUUUUUUACUAGAGAAUUUUGCUAGAUCUUUGUCACUCAAGUUUUCAUCUGCUUUGUAAUUGAUACACCUCGAGGAUCACUUUUCUAAUACUUUUACUAUAAUGUGGUAUCACCUCAGUCCUAUUUUUACCAAAUGUCAAAAAUCUUUUUCCAACUAACGACAAGUAAAGCUUAUGUACAAAAGGAUUGCUUGUAAAUAUGCAUGUAAAUAGUUCUGUUAAUAACCCACUGUUUCACAUUUGGUACACCUGUGUCUGCUACUACAGUUAGCUUUCCCACUUUUCUGCUUGUUUGUUCAGUCUGGAUUAAAAUUAGUCUUUGAAAAUAAAAUUGAAAUAGUUUUGUUUCCUCUAA